CCAAUGCUUAGCUUUGUCUUAAAAUAAUUUGUGUAUCAAAAGCACGUUUUAGAACAAGUUAUUUUGAGUUUUUGAAUUUUGUGAGAUUUUUAUAGAAAUAGAAAUUGAGCAAUGAGUCAUGUAUAUAAAAAUAGAAGUAUAUCUAAAAUUGAUUAAGCAUGAAAAGCAGAAAUCAAUGCAUUGCUCAACCGAACUCAAACUCCAUCCAUUUGGAUGGACACAACUCACCUCUAUCUCCUCCCAUUCUUCUCUUCUCUUCUUCCCCAAUUCCUCUUUCUCCUCUUUUAGUUCUAAUAACUCACCUCGCAGACUUCACUCCAUAGCCAACCCGAAAGUUUUUGCCAUGGCCAAACGAAGCUUCCCCACCAAAGACAACGAUUUUGCUUUAAGUGCUGAUUUGCAGUUUGAAUCACCGCUGGAAAUUGUGAAAUAUCCAGACCCAAGGCUUAGAGUUAAGAACAAGCCAAUUUCUACUUUUGAUGAUAAUUUGAAGAAGUUAGUUGAUGAGAUGUUUGAUGUUAUGUACAAAACUGAUGGGAUUGGACUCUCUGCUCCUCAAGUAGGCAUUAAUGUACAGCUUAUGGUGUUUAAUCCUGUUGGUGAACGUGGUGAGGGGGAAGAAAUUGUUCUUAUAAAUCCAAGAGUCAACAAAUACUCGCUAAAAACUACAAUUUUUAAUGAAGGUUGUUUAUCUUUUCCUGGGUUAUAUGCUGAUGUACAGAGACCUGAAUCUGUCAAAAUUGAUGCCAAGGAUAUCAAUGGUUCAAGAUUCACAGUCACUUUGUCAGGCCUUCCUGCUCGUGUGUUUCAGCAUGAGUUUGACCAUUUGCUGGGCGUCCUCUUCUUUGAGAGAAUGACAGACGAUGUUCUUGAUACUAUUCGUGAAGGUUUGCAGAAAUUAGAGAUGAAGUAUGAGGAAAGUACUGGCUUGCCAACUCCUGAGAGGAUCGUAAAUCGGAAAAGAAGGAAAGCUGGGGUGGGCUUUGGAAAUUCUUGAUUAUGAAUAUCGUCCAAUGAUCAUGGUUAAUAAAAUCACGAUUCUAAUCUACGAUUCUAUGAUUUUACUAUCCAAAAACAAGCAAGCGAUUUGAAUCGUAGGUAGAAUCGUAAGUUGGUGGAAUCUUACGAGGUAGAAUUAUAGCAUGAUUCUACGAUUUAGCGAUUCGAUUCUACAAAUUUAAUUUUUAUUAAUUUUUCUUAUAUGUCAUCGUUCAUUAUUUUUUUUUAUUCAAGGAUCCAACAUCAUAAUUUUUAAAAAAUAAAUUUCUUUAUCGAUAUGAAAAUUCAAAACAAUUAUUAAUUGUUUUUUCAUUUCAUUCUUAAAAAUAAAUUGAAUGAAACUUUAAUUCAUAAACUAAACUUUUGAGAUGAAAAUAUUAUGACUAAAUAGCAAAAUUAAAGUUUAUUGUAGAAUCUUACGAUCUUGCGAUUCGAUUCUACCUGUCUGAACGAUUUUAAUUAGAAUUUCGAUUUUAACAACUUUGUCGAUCAAAUUUAUUCGGGCAUCAAAGAUCAAAUAUCCCUUGUAGAUUAAAUUUCAUGCUUCUUUGAACGACCUUUAACGAUUCAUUGUCACUUUAGCUCAUGCCAGCCUUAGCCUUUUGUUAGACGAUUGAAAAAGCUUGAACAACGUUGACGUUCUUGUAUGUAUAUGGACUCGGUUCUAGACGUUUUUGUUUUGUCUAUUAGUUGUCUGUUCAAUUAUGAUGUUCAUACCUGCAAGUGCUACUAUUGAUUGCAGAUAAUUGUGCUGCAAGUUUAAAUAUCUUUUGAGUUUGAGCUUGGAACCUAAUGUAGAUGAUGGGAGCAAUUCUUAUGGAAGAACAAUAUUUGACAAAUUUAAACAAGAAUGAUUCAAAUUCUUUACAUCUACACAAUGUAGGGCAUGAACUUGUGUUCGACAAUCCUUGUUUUUGAACUAGUAUUGAGGUUAGAGUAAGUGGUUUGAGCAUAGCUUAAUGCAUUGAAUUUACUAUUUAGGUUAGAGCAAUGCCACUAAGUGGUAGUAGCUUUCUCAUUGCCUUUUACGUUUAUCGGAUUAUAUUGGGUUUAGGUUUCUACAAUUGCAUUAGGUUUCGGUUUCUAAUAAGUAAUCAUUUGAUAAAGAGGAUAUAAAUUAAUUUUAAAUGUUCUCUUCUAUUCACCCUAAAAUUCUUAUUUUCUUAUUGGGUAAAGUCACUCUAAAUGUCUCAUUUCUAUUUUUGGUAUGUUUAUUUUACCAAUUUACCUAACUAAACUUAACAUUUUCAUACCUUUAUACUUACUGAUCCCACUUUAUUCCUAUUAAAAUUUUGAGAAAUUCCACAUGGUAGCAUCAAACUUUCAUGAAAUGCCAGUGAUAGCACUUUUGUAAGAUUUUUCCACAUGAUAGCUUCCAGUUUAUGCCUUAUCUAACUGCCGUAGCAUUUUCCGUUAAAUUCUUGUCAAUUUCCAUUUA